AUGUCUUCUUCAGCUGCAAAAGCUGCUUGUCCUCCGGACAUUCCGGAGGAUGUCUUCAACAGACAGCUUUUUGGCGUCAUCCCCACGACAAUUGUACUCGUUCUUUCUCUGUUGACAUACGGCCUCCGAAUUGUUGCGCGAGUCAAGACGAGCCAAAGGGUAUCGUGGGAUGACUAUUUGAUGGGUCUUGGGUUGUUCUUGUCACUAGAACCCACGAUCUGCCAAUAUCUCCUUGUUGCCAACGGGCUUGGCCAUCAUCUUUGUAAUGUUCCUCCAGUGCAAGCGGCCCGCUUUGCUAGGAUCAGCUUUGCUCUCCAGAGAGCCAACCAGCCCGUACUCUUCUGUGUCAAAACAUCCAUUCUGUUGUUUUACUUGAGAGGUAUAGCAUAUACAUUCAUGUGGGGGUUGGCAACCUGGAUUGUCAAUCUCACAACUUGCACGCCCAUUGCAUUCUUCUAUGACCGAACUAUUAAGGGCGGCACCUGUCGCAACCAAGUGGUCUCGGGCACGAUAGCUGCUGUUCUAUCUCUUGUGGGCGAUAUUUAUGUCUUGGUCCUGCCCCUUCCAGCGUUGUGGCAGCUGAAAAUCAACACGCGGAAGAAGGUGGCAGUGGUCGGGAUUUUCCUUCUCGGAAGUUUCGGUUGUGUAGCCUCUGUCAUUCGCAUCACAGAGAUACUCAAGUUUAGUCCCUUGGACGGGACUUACACCCAAGUUUACGCGGCGACAUGGACAACCUUGGAGCAAGGUGUCGCUAUCAUUAGCGGAAACUUACCUCUCCUUGGACCACUCUUCCGCAGCUUCUUUGCUAGCAGAGGCAACACAAAGGCCAGCUCAUACGGAUUGUCCAGAGGCAUGACAUCUCGAGUUGGUACAAGGGUCAGCCGCCUUGGAUUUCGAAAUGAUGGGCCCAUGAAUGUUACAAAGAUUAGCGCUUCGUCCCCCAAAUUGUUCACCUUUGAGAGGCUUGAUGAUGACGAGGCUAGCAUUUACGGGACUGGUGCGGAUGACAAGUCAAUCAUUGUCAAGAAGCAGGUUGAAGUCAGCAUAUCAUGA